AGUCCGGAAAGAUAUUGAGAGAGAGAAGCAGGCAGGGAGAGGCAGAACCCAGGUGGGAAAAAAGAUGGGGUGGAGUGAAAAUGUUAACGGAAAGUUGACGGAAUUAUUAAUUAUGAGCUUUAUUUUUAGCAGACUUUAUCACAAAGAUUUUAAGUUUGAAUUUUUUUUUCUAUGGUAUUAACUUCCGAUUAUCCUAUGACAACGGAGACCAUUAAAAGCCAUUAUUUUGUGACAUACGAUAGUUAGGAAUUGGAGUUCCUUGUGGUUCAAUGCAACUUAUAUUUUUCUGGAGAAUAGAAGUCACCUGUGAAAUCGCGAUUUAUGGAACUUGGAAGCAGCGUUUCGUAAAGCCGAGAAAUUCAUAGUUUCUAAAUAACUAGAUAAAUAUCUUUGCAAAAAUUCAUGGUGCUGUGAUCAGACACCGACGCUCCUGAUGAACAAAGCCACCAAUUUGUUCAGGAACCCAUCUGUUUCUCUGCGCCUCAGCUCCUCCUUCUCGCACUCCGCUGCCCGGUCGCCUGCUCAGUCGCCGCACGACCUCGCUGCCUGCAUAGCUUCCCUUCAAGCAUGCGCCCGCCGCCAGAAUCUCAGAAAAGGCAAGCAAGUCCACUCAUUUAUGCUCGCCAAUGGCUUCCUCCGUUCCCCUCUCUCCACCACCAGCCUUAUCAACAUGUACUCCAAGUGCAACCAGAUGGACGACGCCGUUUCGACUUUCAAUUAUCAGUCUUUUGACCACAAUGUGUUUGCUUACAAUGCUGUCAUUGCUGGGUUUAUAGCAAACGGGUUGGGUAGAGAUGGGUUCGAGUUUUAUAGAAGAAUGCGGUUUGCCGGUGUUAUGCCGGAUAAGUUUACGUUUCCGUGUGUGAUUAGGGGUUGCAGCGGGGUUCUGGAGUUGAGGAAGAUUCAUGGGUUGGUGGUGAAAUUUGGGUUGGAGUUGGAUGUGUAUGUUGGCAGUGCUCUGGUGAAUACGUAUUUGAAAUUGGGGUUGAUGGAGGAGGCACAGGAAGUGUUUGACGAAUUGCCUGUUAGAGAUGUUGUGCUUUGGAAUGCAAUGGUUAAUGGGUUUGCGCAGAUUGGGCUGCUUGAGGAGGCUUUGGCGGUGUUUAGUAUGAUGGGUGAGGAAGGGGUUGUGCCGAGUAGGUUUACCGUGACUGGGGUCUUGUCUAUUUUCGCUGUGAUGGGUGGUUUUGACAAUGGGAGAGCGGUGCAUGGGUUUGCGACGAAAAUGGGGUAUGAUUCAGGUGUUGAGGUUUUGAAUGCGUUGAUUGACAUGUAUGGGAAAUGCAAGUGUGUUGGAGACGCCUUGAAGAUUUUUGAGAUGAUGGUUGAGAAGGAUAUAUAUUCGUGGAACUCAAUUAUUGCAGUGCAUGAGCAUUGCGGUGAUCACGAUGGGACUCUGAGGCUUUUUGAUAGAAUGUUAAGGGGUGGAGUUCUUCCUGAUUUGGUAACCAUCACGACUGUCCUUCCAGUGUGUGCUCGUCUGGCAGCAUUGAUGCAUGGUAGAGAAAUUCAUGGAUAUAUGAUUAAAAAUGGGUUGGAGAAGGAUGUGAAUGUUGAUGACGUGCAAAUCACCAAUGCAGUUAUGGACAUGUAUGCAAAAUGUGGGAGCAUGAGAAAUGCUUAUAUGGUUUUCAAUAAGAUGAGGAAUAAGGAUGUUGCAUCCUGGAACAUCAUGAUCAUGGGUUAUGGCAUGCACGGAUAUGGCAGUAAGGCGUUGGAUAUGUUCUCUGAUAUGUGCAAAGUACAAAUGAAGCUUGAUGAGGUUACAUUUGUUGGGGUUUUGUCUGCGUGCAGCCAUACAGGUUUAGUCAGAGAAGGGCGUGAAUUCUUGAGACAAAUGAAGUCGAAGUAUGGCGUGGUUCCAACCAUCGAGCAUUAUACUUGUGUGGUUGACAUGCUUGGUCGAGCUGGGCAUCUUGAGGAGGCAUAUCAACUGGUGCUAGAAAUGCCUAUCGAGACCAAUCCUGUGCUGUGGAGGGCAUUGCUAGCAGCAUGUCGACUUCAUGGGAACCAGGAUAUCGCAGAGGUCGCUGUGCAUAAGGUGAUUGAACUUGAUCCAGGUCACUGUGGUAAUUAUGUGCUGAUGUCCAAUCUUUAUGUAGCGAAUGGUCAAUAUGAUGAGGUAACAGAAGUUAGACAUUCAAUGAGCCAGCAGAAUGUGAAGAAGAUACCGGGCUGUAGCUGGAUUGAGCUGAAGGAUGGUGUGCAUGCUUUUAUUACUGGUGAUAGAGCCCAUCCUAAAGCUAACUUUAUUUAUGCCGAAUUAGACUCAUUGACUGCUCGUCUUGGUGAGCUCGGAUAUGUGCCUCAUUUCUAGAACUUGAUUUGUACUGAAGUCCAGCGUGGUUGUUCUCGAUGGAUAUUUUCCCCAUCUUCCCCUCAAUAGGCAGAAAACAAAACAAACAGGACAAUUGACAUUAAGAGUUACACCGGAGAGUGAAGAAUCCAUUUUACUUGCAUUUUUGGCCGAAGUGAUCUUGAUCUGCUCUUGCUUGGGGUGCAAGGUUGAUCACUGCACUCACUGAACCGCAGAAGGGAAUAGCUUACUACACUUGUGAAGAGACGGAAAUUGAAGAGACAUAAGAGAAACCAAAACUUAUUUCGAUGCUCUCAUUUGGGGUGCUCUGAAACGCUAUGCUGUGUUAGUCAGGAUUGCUGAAUGCUACUCGACCGUAGAUCUCAAACACGAAAUGGCUUGUGACUGUUUCGGUUCUUGGCAAUGUUUAAUCAGUGUUUGAAGACAGCUGCAGCAAUUUCAAGGACUUGACAAGCAUUUCUUCAGAACAUUAUGCAAAACAAACAAAUUUUGAGCCAUGAACAUUUUUAGUAUUUGUAAUUUGUUGUUUUACAAUGCAAUAUAUUUGUUUCUUUUUCCA